AUGUCCGACACGACGUACCCGACCAUCACGCAGUGCGCGUUGGUUGCGGCCGCCUUUAAGAUUCUCCUGUUCCCCGCCUACAAAUCUACCGAUUUUGAAGUCCACCGCAACUGGCUCGCCAUCACAAACAGCCUCCCCCUCUCCGAGUGGUACUACGAGGACACGUCGCAAUGGACGCUCGACUACCCGCCCUUCUUUGCCUACUUUGAGUGGCUCAUGUCGCACAUGGCCCGCCUCGCCGACCCGGCCAUGGUGCGCGUCUUCAACCUCGAGCACGACACUUGGCAGACCGUCUACUUUCAGCGCGCCACCGUCGUCGUCACCGAGCUGCUGCUCGCCUACGCCCUGCAGCUGUUUGUCGAGUCGUCGCCGCUGGCCUCGCGCCGCGCCGCGCAGGCCGCCGCCCUCUCCGUCCUGCUGUCGCCGGGUCUACUCAUCAUCGACCACAUCCACUUUCAGUACAACGGAUUCAUGUAUGGCAUCCUCGUGCUGUCACUCGUGCUGGCCCGCGGCAAGGACACGCUGCUCGGCAGCGGCCUGGCGUUUGCGACUCUACUCUGCUUCAAGCACAUUUACGUCUAUCUCGCCCUGGCGUAUUUUGUCUACUUGCUGCGCGCCUACUGCUUGUCGUCCAAGUCCAUCUUUAGCAUCCGCUUCGCCAACUGCGUCAAGCUGGGCGGUGGCAUUGUGGCAAUUGUGGCGGCCGCGCUGGGUCCGUUUGCCGCUCUGAAGCAGAUGCCGCAGAUGCUGAGCCGACUGUUUCCCUUUGCGCGAGGACUGUGUCAUGCGUACUGGGCCCCAAAUGUCUGGGCGCUGUAUUCCUUCGCUGACCGCGCCCUCAUUGUCCUUGCCCCAAGGCUCGGCCUCGACAUCAAGGCAGACGCCCUGCAGAGCGUUACCCGCGGGUUGGUCGGCGACACUUCUUUUGCCGUACUCCCCGAGAUCAGCGCCAGCACCUGUUUUGCCCUGACGUUGCUCUUCCAGGCGCUCCCACUCAUUAAGCUCUUUAUGCAGCCGACAUGGGAGAACUUUAUCGGCGCGACAACACUCUGCGGAUACGCCUCCUUUUUAUUUGGCUACCACGUACAUGAAAAGGCCAUUCUGCUCGUGAUAAUUCCCUUCAGUCUGAUCGCGCUGCGAGACAGGCGACACCUCUCCACGUUUCGGCCAUUAGCCGUCGCGGGCCACGUCUCGCUCUUUCCUCUUUUAUUCACGCCAGCCGAAUUCCCCAUAAAGACCGUCUACACGCUGCUGUGGCUGGUCAUCUUCCUCACAGCCUUUGACAGGCUGACGCCAGCAUCCAGCAAGCCGCGCACCUUCCUGCUCGACCGCUUCAACACGCUGUAUAUUGCGCUAUGUAUCCCGCUCGUCGUCUACACAUCGCUCGUACACCAGCUCGUCUUUGGCCAGCGCCUUGAGUUUCUUCCGCUAAUGCUGACCAGCGUUUACACGGCAGUGGGCGUGGUGGGAAGCUGGGUGGCCUACAUGGUCGUGUACUUUACAUCAUAA